CGUACAACAUGGAUUAGUGGCUAGUGUGCUGGCUGUCCAACAGCCAUACACACGCACGAGUGGAUAGGGAGGCGACGGGAUACUUCGUUCCCAUCGACAAUCAUCCCCAAUCCAACUCGAGCGGUGGCUGUCUGCAUCACUACCACCAAUCUCCGCCUCCAGCGACUGCCUCACCGGCGGGAGGUCGACGGCCCCGGCGCAGCAUCUUCCUCCUCUGAAGAAGAUCCACCAGGAAGCUGCGUCCCAGGUGCGACGCCGUUGGAGUGGCCGUUGGCCAGUCCGAGAACCACCGCGCGGCUGCGUUGCAGCUCGGCCCGCGGCACUAUGUGCCAGCGGCGGGGCGCCGAUGGGCCAGUGGAGCUGCUCGCCCAGUUGUCGAAGACGUCCCCGAGUGUAGCAGCCCGUGCGGGGAGGCGCAGCCCGAGGCUAGCGCUCGACGAAGAAGCCCCAGCGCCGGCCGCCUCGUGCGCCGGCGUCGGAGAUGGAAGACGCGGGGAGUUCGGCUGCGCGGGCUCCGCGGGCGGCACAGGCGACGCAGGUUCGGCCUCCUCCUGGACCUCGUAAUCUUGUGGCGGGGGUGGUUGCAGGACCAUCCAUGGCCCCCAACCAUGCACCAGGCACGGACGUGGUGGUGGAGGAGCCGCAAGUUCCGGCUCAACGUCGACGUCCACUGCGUCGUCCGCGGGCUCCAGUACCUCGUCCGCAUACAGGUUUGGAGCGGCCAGUCCGGCAAGAAUCCAGGCCGGGAGUGGCGCCGCCGCCCGCAUGGCCGGUUCGGGCGGAGCCUUAGAAGGCCCAGCACCAUCGCGACCUCGGGCGCCAUGUCCAAGACGUGGUCCGCGGCGACGGAAACCGUUCCGGUGGCCUCUGAACCGGCGCAGAUCACGGGCGUGGCGGUUGUGGCGGCGAAGUCCACCAACACCAUGGCGACGACGACGGCCCUGUCGGCGUCUACCGCCGCUACGAACAAGGUGCAGGAAGAAGGACAGGAGACCACAAGGGGGAAUCGGCGCUUAUGAGAAGAUGCGCCUGUUCGAGGGGAUGCGAGGAGCGGAUGCGACGGUUGCCUGGAGAGGUUCCCGCACAAACGAGGCGGCGGUUGCCUCGAGAGGAUCCCGUGCAUGCUGUUAUUUACAACAAGGAUUAUCUCUAAUAAUUAAAUCCUAACAGUUAUAAAGAAAUUCGGUAGGUAUUUAUACUGCUACACACGCAAUCAGAAAUAUUUCUUUUUACCA